AAAAAAAAAAAAAAAGAAAAAGACGGCCAAUCGGAGGAGAGUGAGCGGUGAAAAAAAAGAAGAAAAAAAGAAAAGAAAGGAGUAAAAAAAAAACAGUGAGCGGUGAAUAGAGAUUAGCGAUGGCCAUGUCUGUCGGGAUGGCGGGAGUUUCCAGCGGCGUUGCGAUUUCCCGCGUUUUUAUCUUCGACGAGAUGACGUCAACAACGUGGCGGCGGAAGACGACCACGAGCAGACCGUUUGUCAGGAUGAGGAGGAGGAAGGGGAUGCACGGUGCGAUUGCCACGUGUUCGAAUCCCACGUGGAUAGGGAUGUCAUCUUACCUGCCAACUAAGAGGGAAGAUUCAACGCACCUGGUCCACCAUUCGGCUGUACGAGAAUCAAGGUUGCUGCUGAAAAGAAGGCCCCCCUCCCCCUCCCUGCCUGCCGCGUGUCGACGGGAAGAAAUUCUGCACCCUCUCUCUCAAGCAGCUGCUGCGGCUACGGCGGUCCCGACUUCUCGCACCAGACAUUCGUCCUUCUCCGAAUGGCGCUACGUGGCAAGAAGGAAUAAUGCCACGUCAGCUUGCGAGGAUAGAAGUGGAAACGAUUUCUUCAGAAUGACCAAAUAUCACAAACACACGGCGCGCUGCGACAACCUGACAGGGAGCAAUGUCCGUUCGCCAGCCUUCGCUGCCCAACUAGGUUCUUCUUGUCUGCAUCCUCCUCUUCCUCCUCCUCGUCUCCGGGAGCGGUUCCCCUGUUUCUGCCGGAAACAACACGUGGAAGGAUAUUCUUGUCCCUCUCACAGCUGCCGGCUAUGGCGGUGGAAGAGAUGGAGUGGUACCCCGGCAUUGAGAUAUCCGUACAGAGGGCGAGGAGGGGCCACUGCUGCAGCAGCUCCAAGAGGAGGAGGAGGAGGAGGAGGAGGAGGAGGAGGAGGAUGGUUGUUGGGACAUGCUGCUCAGUGGAUUACGAGCCGGGAGUUCGAUCCGGAUCGGGAUUGGAAUGACGGUCGAGAUCGGAGUUUGCCUGCGAAGGCCGUUGAUAAAGCCACUGCCUUUGAUAACUUGGACACAUUUGCAGAACCCAACGGCUACUUCUCUUGGAAUGGGGUGGAAGAGUUGUCGGCAACAUAUGAUGGGAUGCCACGUGGCAGGGACGGGCCUUCCUCAUCAUCUAUUGGCAGAGAGAUCGAGCAGGGAGAGGAGAAGAGAGGGAGGAGGGGAAGGGGUGGUCGUGAGAGCCGCACAAAUGGGAGGGAAGACGAGGGCGACUCCGCUUUGUUAAAUAGUUUGUCAAGUGCCACAUCGUUGUCUGAAAUUUACCGGGAGGGAGAGAAGGGCAAUCAAGGCAUAAAUGGCGCGGAGGGGGGCCAAAAGGAGUUGGGUAAAGAGGAGGAAGAGGUGGUUUCUCGUCGAUACCCAGGAGGACGGGAACAGGAUCGAGAUUGGGACAGAUCUGGCAAUCGAGAUGGGCGAGGGAGGAGGCGCGGUGGAUGGACCAGGACGACCUAUGGGUCUUCAGGACUGAGGGACAAGGAAGGGAGCAGCAGGGGUGAGAGAGAGGGAGAGGGAGAGGGUCGGGCUGACAAGAUGUCAUCAGAGCGAAGACCGGAGCGCGCCACGUGGAAUCGAGCAGGCUGGUCAGAGGCACGUGGCGGGAAGCCUGGGUCGGAAAGGGGGACAGGGGGGACGCACUGGAGGUCAUCUGGCCACGUGGGCGGGGCUAUGGAGGCUCGAAGAUCGGGUGCCUCAGAGGUCUCGUCGCGAAGAAUGUCACGUGGACAGGAAGGAGGAAGGAGGGGGGGAUCUGAUGCUGACGUGGCGAGACGGAUGACAGGCAUCCAUGGAGGAGGGUGGUGGUACGAAGGUCGGGACCGGGAUGGCAGAUGGCCAAGGGUACCGAAGGUGGAGACCAGGAUGGCAGAUGGUGUUAACCGUGGCGGUCGUCGAGGUUCCCCAUCUUCCCCUCCUCCCAAUCUGCCGCUGCAAGGGAAGUGCCAGGAGCGGAAGCAGUCUUCCACGCGUCACGGGGAGCCCGGAAGUGCCAUGCGUGCUGAUGACGUGUCCGGCGGGCUAGGAGGAGAAGUAGGUGGUAGCAACCGACGAUCGCACCAGAGUGCGCCGCCAUUGGGAUCGGGAGAGAGGAGGGAGAAUCCGAAGAGCCAGAAGAGGAUAGAUAUGAUGAUGAUGAAAUGGUUAAGAGGCACGGAGGUGGCUAUGGUGCCAUCGAGCGAUGACAAAGAGGAACUGUGGAUGGAUGUUCGUGAUGAGGAGGUAGCAAAGAAGUACACAUCAUUACUGCAAGACGAUAAACUGAAUGACGUGUACGGAUUAAUGUAUCGGACUCUCCAGCAGUGCUUACACUCUCCCCAGGGUUUGCCGACUUUGCGGAGGCAAAGGCGAUCUUCGUCGAGUCAAGCCUGUGGCAGUCCCUCCUCCUCCUCCUCCUCCUCCUCCUCCUUCAUGUCCUCAGUGGCAGCCAUUGAUGCAGGAGCAACAACAGCAUUGUCGUAUUCCUCAUCAAUUUCGAUGCUUGGUCGGAAGGAAGAGGAGGACGAGGGGGAGGAGGAGGAGGAGGAGGAGGGGGGGCGGGAGGAGCAGCAGGCGGCUGUAGUAGAUCACAUGCUCAUGCUGAGGGCGUGCCUCAGGCAAGAUAACCUGCGAUUGGCGUUUGCCUAUGCUCUGCUGAUCCCGGCAUGUCUAAGUUGUUAUCAUGCCAUCAUGUCUAUCUGUGCUAAGUGGGGGAAUCUCGAAGGCGCUGUCCAAGCACUCCGGAUCGCACGCAGAAGAGGACUGGUGUUAGAUGUCCUGUCGUAUUCUAUCGUCAUUACAGCCUGCGCAAAGGCAGGGGAUGCAAAACGUGCUAUCGCUAUGUAUGAAGACAUGAGAGCCGCUCAGAUUCAGCCGAACACCAUUGUGUACAAUGCAUUGAUUGGUAUAUUGAUAAAGACAGGCCAGCUGGAGAGAGCUCUUAGCCUGUAUGACAACAUGAUAACGAGCAAUAAUCUGCCGGACAUCAAAACGUAUAAAAUGUUGAUGGCUGGGUGCGCAGAGGAUCCAAAGCGACUGCAGAAGGCUUUCCAACUUCUCAUGGACAUGCAGCAGUGGCGAUUAAUCCCAGAUGAGGAUCAUUUUGCUUCUCUUAUCUAUGCAUGCAGCAAGGCUGGGGAUGUGCAAAAGGCGUUCGAGGUCUAUGCUGCUAUGCUUGAUGUCGGGAUGACUGCGAAUGUCGUUCACUACACGGCAUUGAUCGAUGCGUGUUUGAGAUCGAAAUGGAUCAAAAGAGCAUUCGAUAUUUUCUCACAGAUGAGGACGGAGAACAUCCAUCCAAAUCAAAUCACCUUCACCUUGAUGCUCGAAGCGUGUGGAAUUCUCGGCGAUUUGGAGCAGGCCAUGGCCGUGGCGAACAUGAUGAGGUCUAGCGGCAUUGAAAUGGACUGGAUUUCGUUCCAAACUCUUAUGUCGUUGUGCGCCAUACGUGCUGAUGUGGAUGCCGCUCAGCGCGUGCUUGACUGGAUGGCGGAAUCUAAUCUUCCACCGGAUGAAGACAUCUAUGCUUCAAUGAUUCUCUCUUACUGCAAUUGCAAUCGUGUUGACGAGGCUCUUCAAAUUCUCAGAGAUGCUGUUGUCGAAAAACGUUUUCGGCUAUCAACGGAGGCGUACACUCAUCUCAUCAACAGGUUCGGGAAACUUAAGCAGCCUGGUCGAGCUAUGGAGGUCUUCAGGAUGGUACAGGAGAAUGGCCUUUCACCAACCACUCAGAUUUACAAAGCCGUAAUCAAUAGUUUCCAUGACGCAAAGUUCUCAGAAUUGGAGCCAGCUAUGGAUUUGUUUGAGGAAGGCAUCAGCCGCGGACUGUUGAACAACUUUGACCUAUCACGCUUGGAAUGGGGUGAAGAAAAGGCGCUGACAAUGAAUCUGGUCAAUGAGGGCCCCGGUGUUGCUGUGACAGCUCUUCUUGUAUUGCUUCGGAUGUUGAAGAGGAAGAAUCUGAGACCUGAGCAAGUCAAUUUGAUGACAACAACUGACAGGCUUUUGACGGAUCAAGAAUGGAUUGUGCCAGCCAUCACCACAUCACUCUUGGAAGAUCAGUUGAAAUUGCCUUAUGUUUUUGCACGAGAGUUUGGCAUGCUCGCUAUACAGGGCAAAGCUUUAGAUCGAUGGCUGUCGAAGAAGUACAUUGUGCCGACAUCUUCAAGCAUCGUGCAGACAGAUAGCGAUCACGAUUCGGACGGGUGGACUGCCUCGCACAGUCUCGUGCGGAUGAAACACAUCUGGGCGGGGGAAUGGGAAACUCUGCAGCAAGCGAGGAUGGAAGAGGUGCGGAAGGAGAAGGGGACUACCGCAAAGGAACUGGAAAACGUAUCGAAUUGGGCCGAGAUGACGAAGGGGAUGUCGAGGCAAGAGAAGAAGACAUUCUUUGUGGAAAUGUUCAGGGAGCGCCGCAUUCUCGCGAUGAGAGAGAAGAGAAUAAAGGCGCGCUAUGGAAAAGUAGUGAGGCUAAAGAAGAGGGUGGGAGAUUUUGGGUAUAUCUAUGGCUCUGAUCCGAAUGAAGCUCGCGAUACUGGAGAAGGGAGGGUGGUGGUGAAGCUGUACAGAGAGCCCAGUGAUGACACUUCAAGCAGCAGAGUCGGUGCACCCUCUGGGGAGGAGGAGGAGGAGGCGGCAGCGCCGCCAAUUUCACUUCAUGGCAAGCAUUUAACUUCUAUGAGAAGUAACGGCCAGCAGCCUUCAGAUGGGCUUGACUUGAACCUCCUUGCAGGUUUCAGAAGGACAGAGAGAGUAGAAAGCAGGGUGCACGCUGACAACAACGAGGUUGAUGGCCGAUCAAUCACCAGAACGCCUGCAGCUCCGACGUCAGGAGAAGUCGGCAGGCAGGACAGACUGAUGAAAGAGGGGGCUGCAACUGCUCUCGACAGCUCUGAGGGUGGCGUUUUACCCCUAGCAAGUGCAGACAUCGGUCACACUCGGAGCGGACAUGAAGAAGCAUCCAGUCCCGCCGCUGACCCUAGCAAACAGGGAAAAGCAGUUAUAGAUGAGAAGCAGAAGACAGGAAAUUCCCAGCAAUCUUCCGCAAGUACGCACGAGCAUCCGUCGGAGGAGUCGGAGCAUGGCAUUGCGGAAGCCGCGGGGACAUUCGAUGAGCAGCAAAGGAGUGCGGCAGUCGGUGAAGUGCUAGCAGCUCAAGAAGAGGAUGGGGAGCGAGAGAGCAGAAGUGAAGCGGGAGUCACGAAGGUCGGGAGAGCAGAAGUGAGAGGAGAGGGAGAGAGAGGUGGUGCAUGGAUACAGUGCCAGGGAGUCACCAAGUCAGGGUCAAAGUGUAAGCGACGGUUGACCGAAGAGGAAGUCAACGCACAAGGGGGAGUAGUGAAAUGCUGGCAGCACCGAUGAUGAACCUGCACGCUCGACACUGGUUCCGAGUCUUCUGACGUCAUGGGAGAAUUGUGAGAGAGAGGAAUGGAUAGAGACCGGAUGCAGCGACAUGUGGAAGAUCGUCCAAGGAAGAUGACCUGCUGUGUCUGAAAUGUAAGAGAAGAAGUUGAUCGACGAACCCAUGCCAGGCAAUGGAAACAGGCCAUAGGAACAGAGAGAGAAUGCUCACUACAUGCCUCAUGGGGAUGCCUUCGUAAAGUUUUAAGCUUCCGAAGUGGAAACCCUCCCUAAGUGGAGAUGGAAACUCUCGUCAUGUGUUUCGGGAAAAAAAAAUCAAAAAAUGAUAAUCGUAUUAAGGUAUUAAACGACCGCUACCUUUCACAGGCAAACUCGAAACCUCCGCAGAAUGCGGUGCAACCUUAUACCGCAUUCUUCGGAGGCCAGGCACCACCGGACCAGACCAAAAUGGCUGGCGGCGCCAGCCAAAAUGAAGGGAAAAGAAAGAAGUCGCUCUGGCACUUUGGCAAAGCUUGGCGCGCAGUUCUUUUCCACCUUGGCAAAAAAAGGCGCGGAGGUAGUGGCGGUUUAACAUGCCCGGAAAAGAAAUGAAAAUAAAAGACGAUU